AUGGCUAAGACAAGCUCCGCUACUAAGGCGCCUAGAACUCAAGGGUUCAAUAGGUCCGCCCAUAGUAUGAAUCCAGAACGUAAAACUGAAAAUCUCAAAGGUGUAGCAAAGGUGAGAACAAAAGCUACCAUAAAAAGAUUGCAAAUGUAUAGAAACUUCAAAGCCAAACGUGAUAGGAAAGGUAAAAUCAUUCAUGCAGCACCAUUUCAAGGUUGGUUACCAUGUGGGGCUCAGGCUCGUGUAGAACCUAAUCGUAAAUGGUUUGACAAUACUAGAGUCAUUGGGCAAAAUGCUUUACAAAAAUUUCAAGAAGAAUUAGGUAAAGCAGUUAAAAACCCAUAUGAUAUAAUUAUGAAACCUACUGGAUUGCCAAUUACACUUUUAAAUGAGAAAAAAAAACAUGAACGUGUGCAUAUUCUUGAAACUGAAAGUUUUGAAAGUGUCUUUGGUUCCAAAAAAACCCGCAAGCGUCCAAAUAUAUUGGUAAGGGAUGAACAACAAUUAUCGGAAACUGUAAAUUCUAUCAAUGAGUCAUAUUCAGAUGACAAAGAUAUGGACUUGGAAAGAGAGGAUACAGGAGAAAGAACUGCUCCUCGGGAUUGGAUAAUGGCUGCUGGUCAAAGUAGACGUAUUUGGGGUGAAUUGUAUAAAGUAAUUGACUCAUCGGAUGUUGUUGUAAUGGUUUUGGACGUAAGGGACCCUACUGGAACACGCUGUCCUCAUAUUGAGAAUUUUUUAAAAAGGGAAAAACCUCACAAGCAUUUAAUAUUUGUAUUAAACAAAGUCGAUCUGGUACCUGUUUGGGUUACUCAGAGAUGGGUUGCUAUUCUUAGUUCUGAAUAUCCAACAGUAGCAUUUCAUGCUUCACUUACUCAUCCUUUUGGAAAAGGUGCUGUGAUUAAUUUAAUGCGACAGUUCACAAAAUUACAUUCUGAACGUAAACAAAUCAGUGUUGGUUUCAUAGGAUAUCCCAAUGUUGGUAAGAGUUCUGUAAUCAAUGCUUUAAGAUCUAAAAAAGUUUGUAAAGUAGCUCCAAUUGCUGGUGAAACUAAAGUUUGGCAGUACAUAACAUUAAUGAAAAGGAUAUUUCUCAUUGACUGCCCAGGAGUAGUAUAUGACGCCGCUAAUUUAGAAACAGAUACGGAAAAAGUAUUAAAGGGUGUUGUUAGAGUUGAGCUUGUGCCAGAUCCAGAACAAUAUAUACCACCUUUAAUGGAACGAGUAAAAGCUGAACAUUUGUCUAAAACUUAUGGAAUAGAAAGUUGGGAGGAUAGUGAAGAUUUCUUAUCGCAGUUAGGUAUAAAAUCUGGUAAAUUGUUAAAAGGUGGUGAUGCGGACCUGGCCUUAUGUGCUAGAAUGGUAUUAAAUGAUUGGCAAAGAGGAAAAAUUCCUUAUUAUAAUCCACCACCUGGUUUCGAAGAACCUCUAUCAGCUAUUGAUCAAGAACCAAUAACUAAGAGAACUGAUUUGAAUGUUGCUGUAGAAAAUGAUUCUGAUGAUGAAACUGUAAAUACUCCUUUAACCACAAAAGAAGAUGAAAAUGCUACUUCAACUGAUAGCGAUGAGGAAGAAGAGAAAAAGAAAGAAAAAGAAGAAAAACUGCAAGAAGCACACGAGGCUUAUAUCAGUAGUCUAACAAGCAAACAAAAAAGAAGCUUGAUGUUACGAAAUAAAAAGAAAAAGGUUGGGAGUGAUUUCUAUGAUGUUACAAAUGUUAAAAAUCGUAAUAGAGAUCGUAAAAUUCCAAAAACAAAAUAA